GGCGAUAGUGAGGGCGAUGACGUGUCACUUCCGGGGUUGCAGAGCAACUGUUUCCGGGUUCACCUUCGACAACAUGGCGGCGCCCAUCGGCCUCCACCUGGAGUUUCGAGGUGGUGCUGAGCUGCUCUUCAAUGGAGUGAAGGAGCAACAUGUCACAUUGCCCAGCCAGUCAACACCAUGGGAUAUUCGGCAGCUUCUGAUAUGGAUCAAAAACAACUUGCUCAAAGAGCGGCCGGAGCUUUUCAUUCAAGGUGACUCUGUGUAAGUUCAGUUCCUGAUUUGAUGAGAUACGCCACACAGAGGUGGAACAGUAUGUAUCCAGGCACACUUAAUACCCGACAUGGCUCCGUGAGUAGCCCAGCCAAACGGACUGGGUUAACAGUUUCAUUGCCCAUCUCUAAUUGCCCUUGAAAUGACUGGCAUUGCAGAGGGCAGAGCUAUAUCACUGUGGGUUUGGGGGUCACGUGUAUGCCAGGCCAGGUGGGGAUGCAAAUUUUUGUACCUGAAGGACAUUAUGAGCCAAAUCGUUUUUUUAAGCAUUUCUAGAGACAUAAAAUUGAAUCUUUUUGCCUCACAACCCAGUCCUGACAAGAAAGCAACUUUUUAAAGGGAACAUCUAUGUCUAGGGCAGGCAGAGCUGGUGCCAAGUGGUUGGACC